UGUGCAUCUCCUGGCACCGUCUCUUCUUCGUGUCUCUCCUCCGGGACCCUAGCGACCGACGAAUCAAUUGCCCCUGCCUAACUUGGUGACUCUCCCAGGGAGAUCCGAUCCGAGCCUCCGAGGAUCGGCAGCGCAUGGAGGAGAUCCAAACCUCUUCCCCGUGCUCCUGGCAGCCGCGCCGUCUCCGCCGCCGCCCACGCGCAAACACAACAGAUGAAACAAAUGGCGGCGCACCCUGCACUGCUCAUCAACCACUCCAGGCUAAUGAGGCUGCUUCCCAAGGAACCGUGCCAGAGCUUCCGGAGGUGGGAAACAAAUGCCGAUCCUCGGAGGCAUGAAGAACAAGCUAAUUAUUUUAUUUGAGAACGAACGAAGGAUGCCCUCCAGCACAUACAUUCCUUGAUGACAAUGCGAGAUGCGGCUUGCGUGUCUCGUAGAUUUCUAUUUUUCUGGAGGCGCUACCCUAACCUGGCAUUCAAUCAAGAAUAUAUCUCUGGCUGUGACCAUACAACCAUCCUUGCUGAGUCAAGAUAGAGGCAAAUACGUUUUCAGCAAAGCACAAUAUGUUCUUGAGAACCACUCCGGCGUUGGAGUGAAGAUGCUCAAGCUUAACCUCUCUACUUGUUCCAAGAAGGACAUUGACAUCAACCUUCUCGAUGGCUGGCUCCGAGCCUUUAUCAAGCCUGGAAUUACCGAGCUUGCUGUAUUGUUGCCCAAAUGCUAUGAACUUGAAUAUAACUUCCCCAGCUCGCUUAUGUCAUGUGAUGAGGCUGGGAGCAGCUUGACCUCAAUUUAGUUUCUUCACCUCGCCUCGUGUGACUUCCAUCCCACAGAGGGUCCUAGGCUGCUUGGUUGCUCAAGGAGCUUGUCGACAGUGUGCCUGCAUAAUGUUAGAAUCACUGGGGAUGAAGUAGGGUUCUUUCUCUCCAGCUGCUUUGCUCUGGAAAGGCUGGACCUCUCCAAAUGCAGCAUGAUAACCUCAUUGAAGAUACCACGUGUUCUACACAAGCUCAGGAUCGUGCAACUACACAUGUGCCAAGUGCUACAGACAGUUGAGAUCAAUGCUCUGAAUCUCUCCCCAUUUAACUACAAUGGGUGUCCUUUGUCGAGUUUCUCACUUGGAGACUCAUUGGAGACAAAGGAGCUUCUCAUGCAUGUUGUGGGCAUGCCGGACUUGAUCCAGUAUGUAGGUUGCAAUGUCCCUUCCAUUGCGCCAAAUCUUGAAAUGCUUAUGCUAUCAACGGUAAACGAGAAAUUGAAGGCACCAGCAAUUUUUGACAAAUUUCAGCACCUCAAGCAUCUUGUUAUCUGCCUUGGCAAACGGGGUGAAUUUUUCAAAGGCUACGACUUCUUUUCUUUGGCUCAUUUUUUGGAUGCUUGUGUUGCCUUGGAGACUUUCACCUUACGUAUUCAAAUUGGUUGCAGAUGGUAUGAUAUGCAAUCAAGGGUGGCGAUUAUGCCAUUCCGCCAUGGUGGCCUCCGAAGCUUGAGAAAGGCGACCAUCACCGGCUUCUGCUCUUCCAAGAGCCUGGUUGAGCUGACAUGUCACAUCCUCAGGAGCGCGGCAUCAUCGCUCCAAUUCAUCCUGCUGGACACCUCCCGUGGCUAUGAUUGGAAGCACUCCUUAACUGAUAGGUGUCGGACGAUGGGCACAAUGGAUCUUCAGGAUUCCGAAAGGGCACUUUUUAACAUAAGGCAAUACGUUGAGCCAAAAGUACCCCCGGGCGUUGAGCUCAAGGUUCUUGGGCCUUGUAGCCGGUGCCAUUCCAUAGAUGCCAAGGCUAUGGAGGAGGCAACAUCGUGAAUUCAUGAAGAUUUUCGCAAUGUCAUGAAGACUGGCAGCAUUCCCUUGUUUUUGUCCAGCCUAGGUGGGAUUAUUUUGUGCUUAACCCCCUGCCCGCCAGCCAUUUUUCUGAAUCCCCCUGCAGCCAGGCGUCCGUUUCUCCCUGUACCUCCAUUGGAUUAGCAUCUUGUGACCUUGAUUGAUAGUUUUCAAAGUUGCAUAGGGUAAAUGGUUUCCACCGGAUACGUACCCAUAUAUGUUUCUCUUGGAACAUAUAUCGAUAAUUACAGACUCAUAUUGGUUUGGU